UAAGUCCCAUAAUGCUCGGAGCCAUUUGGACCAAGUUCUAAAUUCUAGGGGGCUGAUGACCUUAGAUGUUAAGUCCCAUAAUGCUCAGAGCCAUUUGAACCAUAAUGGAAGUCAGGACAAAGGAAAAAACAAAGUUGAAAAUUUCACUCUUAUUUUCUUGGUCACUAGUUUCGGAUCCAAAACCCAUCUUAAAGUCAUCCAGACAGUCAAAAUAGCAUUUCCCAAAAUGUAAUAACCAUAUCUGGCAAGAUAACAAACAUAAUGUUACGACAGAUGGCCACUUGUUACGACUUCUGCACCUCUUGUUACGGCUUCUGCACCACUUGUUAGCAGCAGACACAGUGGCUGCAGCGAAUACUGAGAUGGCGUGGAGUUUUGCAAUUAUUUGUUGAACUUUCUUUACAAUUUCUCCCUCGUCGUCGCUGCCCAGCCCUGCGGAUCCCUCCGCCUGGCUGCUGCUGUGUAGAUUCUCCGACAAUGCGUGCAACGCGCACCACCACUGCUCCGCUGAAGUCAGGAUGCCCUGUGGUUGAGGUGAACUCGUCGCCGCUCGGCAGCCGCGUCGCCGUGAGGUCAGCUGCCGACGCCUGCUGCACCGGCGGCUGGGAGGCCGUCAGUCGCGAUGUCCGCGAGGUCCCGUUAUGGACGGACCACGCGCCGUGGGGCCGGGAUGCCGCGAAGUCCGGGCGUCAGUCCCCGGCGGCGCCUGUGACCGAGACCGCGCUGCGGCCGGUCCUGCUGGAAGUUCUCGCUGUAGUUAGUCAGCCACGGUGCCGACCUAACUCGGGUCGACCCCCAGAGCUGAGGUUGACAUCUGGUGGUGAACGGAUGACUCCUGUCAGCUGGAACAGACUUCCGGAAUCGUCGACUACGAAGAUUGAACAUUUGGACAUGGACCACAUCUGUACUCAGAUCCGAACUGCUUCCUAAUUGCUUCUGUCCGUU